AUGGUGCUUCCACGCUAUAAAUUGUGUCCUGCACCCUUCAGGCCUCAGAGCUUCCUUUCAGAAUUUGCUGCCAUGCAUCCCGGCGACGUCGCCAGCGUCGGAUGCCUCUCGCUCUCACCAUCAACUCUGCUUCCGUCCUUCAUGGCUCACAACGCUAGUAACAUGAAGCCAUGCUUCAACUUCACCACCACUACUCUCUCUGGUUUUGUUGCAGCAGAGGAAGAGCAGAGGCUGAGGGUGGCUGCGGAGGAGAGGAGGAGGAGGAGGAUGGUGUCGAACAGGGAGUCGGCGCGGCGAUCGAGGAUGAGGAAGCAGGGGCAGCUGUCGGGGCUGUGGUCGCAGGCGGCGCGUCUCCGGUCGGCCAACCGCCGGCUUCUGGAGGAGUUGAACGGCGUGAUGAGGGAGUGCGGCGAGAUACUGGUGGAGAACGGACGGCUGAGGGAACAAGAAACAGAGCUGGAAAAGAAGCUGGCGGACCUGCAAGCUCAGGCCGGUGGUUGUUGUGUUGCUGGAACUCAGGACAAAAUUAUUCUGCUCUGA